AUGCAGCUUGAUAUGGUUGAAACCUCGCAUUACCUUACCCUAUUUUUGCUGUUGUUUCGAGGAGGUGUGCUUGCGUCCACGAACUACAAAGGUUAUUUCGAUUUUGAUGGUGGGACGUUUGCAUAUGGUAAUGCAGUGGCGUUUUAUGGCCAAAUGCUCAACUCUACGCCAAUCGAUUCCAAGGAAAUCGUAGACGAUACAGAAUGCUUUCGAGCCUGUGUUAAAGACUCUCGCUGUCGGUCAACGAACUUGAAAUUAGUUGAAGAACAAAGCGGUAAAUUUCUGUGCCAACUUUUGGAUACUGAUAAAUUUACUUCUCCAGAAGUUUUCAACGGGAGCUCGGACUUUCAUCACUACAGCUUCACGGUAAGCAUGACUAGAAGUAUAGAUGCUGAAUUUUUUUGAAUAAUUGAUUACUUUACAAGCUAUACUGUCAACGUUUGACAGAGUGUCUUCACUAAUUUAAUAGAGCAGACAUUUUGAAACUAACUUGACUGCGCUUUAUUUUGCUCAACAAACGAAAAAAAAAUGCCCAACUCGUGUUUGAUGAAAUAAAUUUCCAGAAAAUGGGUUUAAGGGAUAUUUUUAGUGAUUUGAAGCUGCUAAACAUUGUUGAGGGCCAAGAUGAUAACAAACGAGCAACAAAAAGUCGCAGUGGUAUUCCCACCCUACCUGCGAGCAGUUAUCAAUCAUUUAGUUCUAACAGACUAAAGAUAACGUGGUUGAUGAGGAGAGGGAAAACCGGAGUUUUCCCGGAGAAAACUUCUCAAGGCAAGACCGGCAACCAACAUAAAACUUAAAUAUUUAUAAAACUAACAUUCUGCAUCGCCAUGGGAUUGGGCAACAAUCCGGCAGGAGAUUUUUCUCAAUUCUUCCCCUAUUAAUUGCUGAAGAUAGAGAACAAGCUUAACGCUUCCGUAGAGUAAUGAAACAGGACUGCCUGGAAAGAAAUGUCAAUUUUAUCCCAAAAAAGUGAGCGUAUUAGUGUUAUUACCAUCUAGCGUCGUAGUGUAAAAGAAAUAUUUCGGGAGUAAAGAGACUUUUGUUGGAGCCCUAAUUGGAAGAGCUGUGUGCAUGCAAUAGCAAUUUACAAAAGCAUCGAUAAAAAACUCUCGUUUUUUGAAAGUACGAGAUUUUAUUAGAACUUUUGGAAGUACUUAGAAACUAUUAUCGUUUAUUUUAAUUCUCUUGUUAGUUCAGUUUGAGUUGGUUAAAUCUUGUAAAAAUCGUUGCUUUAUAGUUUCUAAUUGAAGUAUAUUUUCGUCAACAUGACAGAAAUUAAACGUCUUCUCUCUCCUCAGGCCCCAUGCGAGCUUAACCCUUGUAUGAACGGAGCUACCUGCCAGCCAAUCAAAAACAAGUACGACUUUAAAUGCAUAUGUGCACCUGGCUAUCACGGAAAGCUCUGUAAUGCAAGUAAGUACAUAAUAAUAAUAAUAAUUCCUUUAUUUACCCUCGCCAGUAUUUAUAGCACUUAUGCUAGUGGGGCCGAGCAAAUAACUGAAGCAAACAAUUCAAAUUGAACUUAACAGGGUAAAGAAUCUCAACUGACCGGAGGCAAACCAAUUGGCUAUUUACCAGCACGGCCGAGGAUUUGAAUUCGGGACUACCGUGAACAAAUCCAGCUAGCGGUCAGGGUGAGAAUUGAACUUGGAGCCUCCGAAUUGCAAGUCCGCUGUGCUACUCAACAGGGGUGGAUCUAGGGGGAGGGUGCAGGGGGCGCGCACCUCCCCCCCCCUGAAAUGACCAGCGGCUUUCUAAUUAACACUGUGCAGUCUGUUUAACAGUUAUACAAAAUCUGCUUUAUCAUUUGAUAUGUAUUCUCAGCAGUUCACAUUAUGUUAUUGCCUAGUCGAAAGCCUUCUUCUUCGUAUUCGCUAUUAAAAUUUGUUUACGUCACCAGUCAAUUACGCCAUUCCUUAGUAGUGCACCCCCUCCUACGAAAAAUCCUGAAUCCGCCUCUGUCAAACUCAAAUACAAAAAAGCAAACCCGCAGGAUUAGAGCCAAAGUAACAUGUCUGAAAAGCGGUUUCAAUUAACAAGUAAAUAUUGAAAAGAAACAAGCCUAAUUUAUCUGGUUUAGGUUGCCAGAAAGAUGGUCAAAUUUUUAUCCAUGGUUUAAGCUUAAUGUAAUUUAAAAAUCAUCCAUUUGUAAGGAUGUGCUCCUUGAAGUUAGAAUCGUUUGCUAAACAUUUAGUCAGAGACCCACUCACUGUCAACCAAAAAAUGACAGUCCAAAAACGGCUAUAGGAAAGAAAACCUUUGAGGAACCGAUCCUUGGCUAACAUGAUUGUUAAACUCCGGCUUCUUUAUAGUUACUGAUUAGCUUUGUAGUUCUGCGCCUUUGUAGCAGCCCCACAGGCGAGCCCACAGCAAAAAACUAACAUUGUCACACCAUACGCGCAUGUGCUGCUGUGAAAGGUAUGGUUUCCAAGCAGUUUGCUCUAGGAUAGGGUAUAUAAAUCAGAGCGUUUGGGUCUAGAAUAGGGUAUCAUUUUUUUCAGGAAACUGAUCAGUUGGUUGAAGAUUUUAUCUAGACUAGGGAUUGUGGUAUAAGGUUUUGUUUUGGCUAGACUGUGCCAGUGACCUCAGUAGUUUUUGGAACACAGCUACUCUAGGAUAGGGGGGAUUUGGGGAGUUUACUCUAGUAUAGGGUAGCAAAAUUCAGCUGAACUAGCUCUGGUAUAGGUUAAGGGUUCCAGAGUCUCAGCGGCACAUCCCCACCCAGAAAUUCCUAAAGUACCCCCCCGGGAGAGGAGCGUUACUCAAUGGUCACAGCAAUGCAAAUAAGGGCGAGAUGUCGAGUACUUUUAUGGUGAAAACCAACCCCCAUGUUGAUGCGUUUAACAUUGAAGUUUGUCUCUCAUCAGCUUAUCGAAGUUGUGUUGAAUUGUUAAAUGCUGGAUAUAACAAGUCUGGAAUUAACGUGAUCAAGCCAUCCCAGUCCCAGUCAGACACCCUUAAUGUCUCCUGUGACCAGACCAGCAGAGGUGGAGGUGAGAAUACGCAUGCCCAAACUUGUUUGACCGAUGAUUGAAUGAUUGUGACGAGGAGGCAAUCAGUCACAAUGAGCGAGGGUAUAUAUAAGACUUUCAUAUGGAUAGCUUGGACGGACUGACUCACAUCACAGCGACUCUUAAUAUCAUUUAGACCUAUUUUCUUUGAAGAAAAAAAAAACAUUAACGGAGACAGAUAACCUCUAUUUUAAACCUGACAGUUUAAUUGAACAUGUUUCGAGGGUGCGAUGGAGCUUAACAACUAAUGUUUACUACGAGAUUGUUUCGCACUUUCAAUAGGUUGGACUAUGGUGUUCAAGGUUGUUAGUGGUGUAGGAGAUAAUAUUUACCAACUGUGGUCAUCAGCAUCCCCUUUGAACGAGGAGAAAACAGCGAUUUUGAACACCAGUCCUUCAAUUCCAAUACACUAUAAGAACCGCCUGGUACCAAACUGGCAAACAGCUGACCCAAAAGAGGUAAGGUAGCGGGGGCUCGCCCCCGGGUAGGAGGGUACCUAGCGGGGACAAAACAGUAAUUUUGAACACCAGUCCUUCGAUUCCAUAACACUAUAAGAGCCGCCUGGUAACAAAUUGGCAAACACCUGAACCAAAGGAGGUCACAGUGUAGACUGAGGAGGCUCGAAUUAUUCUCAGUAGUUCCCCAAUGAUUCGUUCUGUAGACACGUUUCGAUUAAUGCUGUUACUCAAGAACCCGCGAAAGGGAGCGAGAAGAAAAUUCUUUGAUUUUCAUUUGUUUUUAUUAGUUUUAGUGGCUCACAUUUUGCAAUUCAAUUUUCUUUCAUUCAUGAAUAAAGUGAGUAGCCCGUACUAAAUUCUUGGUUAAUACACUUAAGGUCAACCUCAAACAAAUUUUUUUUCCCUUUUAGGUACGCGUGGCACUGUAUGAAAAUCAAAACGAAGUUUUGUCCAUCGUGUUUAAUGCUACAAACAGCGACAACGAAAACUGGUUUUCCGCAAAUCGGGUGAUAUCCUCUCCAUGGACAGACCUAACCACCAGUUUUCAUCAGUUUUUCAGUAUUCCUGGGGAUUUAGCUCUUAAACGAUAUUUUUAUAUCGCUGGACCUUACCUCACUUGUGCUGGUGAUUCGGGAUGGCUUCUGAUUGGAGGGGACGGCUGUUCCUGGGAGAAUCGAUUUCCUGCAGGAACCAUCAUGUACAGCAAACUUACAACUUCCAUUAAUAUGAGUGACUACGGUAAGUUA